CGGCCGGCGGCACCUCCGGGGCGGUGCCGGAAGCGGCGGCGGAGGGGCGCCAUGGUGUGCGACAAGUGUGAGAAGAAGCUUGGAACAGUGAUCACUCCUGAUACAUGGAAAGAUGGUGCAAGAAACACUACAGAAAGCGGUGGUCGCAAAUUAAAUGAAAACAAGGCAUUGACCUCAAAGAAGGCAAGGUUUGAUCCUUAUGGAAAGAAUAAAUUUGCAAUAUGUCGGAUUUGUAAGAGUUCUGUCCAUCAGCCAGGGUCCCACUAUUGUCAAGGAUGUGCCUAUAAAAAAGGCAUCUGCUCGAUGUGUGGCAAGAAGGUCUUGGAUACGAAGAACUACAAACAAACAUCUGUCUAAUUGUACUGACUAGUCUUUUUAUGAAUUUUAGCUUCUGUGUCUUUGUACAGUGACUUUUAUCUAAAAUCAUUUGUGAAUAUUACUUUCUGGAAGAUAGUAUUUGGAUUGAGAGGUAAAGACAGCCUGCUUGCCUAAAAUGUACAUAAUAUUUUAUUAUUGUUGUUUUAGCACUAAUAUUAUCUGGUAUUUAAAGGUAAUGGCUUUCAGCAACUCUUAGAGUUCAGAGGAAAGGAGAAGAUGCAAGUGGAUAAGUUGAAACUAAAUUACCAUCAGAACACAGAUCUUUGAGAUGAAUACUUUUUUUUUCCUUAUCACAAGUCUUCUGCUUGUUUCAUGGUAAUGGUUUGUAGAUUAAAUAUGAACUUGCAUCACCUCAUUAAAGUAUCUUCAUUUAGUUAUAUGCCUAUAAGUAUUUAUAAUUAUUCUCAUCCCAAACUAUUGUGACCUUGCUCUUUGGAUUUUAAUGCAAUUGUCCUGUUGUAUUUUGUUUCUGCCUACAGUAUGGUUGGUUAAAUCACAAAUUUUUAAGCUAGUGAAAUCUAGUGUGUUGCCCUGCCAGUUCUUUCUGUGGCAUUGUUGUGGUUUAGCCCCAGCCAGCAAUCAAGUCCCACAGAGCUGCUCCCUCACUCCCCCACCGUCAGAAUUGGGGAGAGAACUGGAAGGGUAAAAGCUUGAAAAUGUGGGUUAAAGACAGUUUAAUAGGGAAAACAAAACAUAGAAUUAAUUCAGUACUUCCCAUAGGCAGGUGGGUGUUCAGCCAUCUUCAGGAGAGCAGGGCCCCAUCACACAUUAUGGCUUCUUGGGAAGACUAACUCAUCACUCAGAAUGUCCCCCCUUCCUUCUCUUCCUCCCACUUCGUACACUGAGGAUGGUGUCAUAUGCUCUGGAAUAUCCCUUUGAUUAGUUGGGGUCACCUGUCCUGGCUGUGUCUCCUCCCAACUCCCCAAAUACCCCAACUUCCUUCCAAUUGUGGCAGUGCAAAAGGCAGAAAAGGCCUUGGCUCUGUGUAAGCCCUGCUCAGCAAUAACAAAAACAUCUUUGUAUUAUCAACUCUGUGCUCAACACAAAUCCAAGACAAAACCCCAAUAACCCACUAACAGCGAAGAAAACAAACUCCACCCCAUCCAAAACCAGCACAGGCAUUAGGACUUAUCAGCUAUUCCCUUGUUAGCCUCCAGGGAGUCUUUACAUAUGGUAUCAGGUGGCCCAAAGCAAUAAAAUAAUGAGCAUCACUUUCUAAAUAUCUCAGUCUCACAAUUUUCUAAGUUAGUCUGUCUUUUAAAUAUUGGGUUUAAAUUCUAUGAUGUAAUUGCUUAUAUAUAUGUCAAAUAUAGAAGAUCAAAGCGGGCUGAUUUUUUCAGCUCUGGUUUGAUACAAGGAGUUAAUCUCUGAACAUGAGAGGCUGACUGUGGCUCUGCAAUUCUUUGGCUUUUGCUUAGUUUCUACAUAUGAAAACAAUUUCUGUUAUGGAGCAUAAUAACUACUCCCUUUGCAUGUAUUUUAAGAAAAAGAAUUAUUCAUUCUUAAUUCAUGGUUAAUUUUUAAUUCAUUCUUAAUUUAGGGCAAAGAAUUAUUAAUUCUUAAUGCAUGGUGAAGUUUUUACUAGACCUAUUUAAGUGUUUAUUCCCUUGCAAUUUCACGCUUUUGCAACUGUCUUUCAACUGUAACAGAAAAAUUAUCAAUGGGAAUUUCCCUAAGUACAAAUUCUGUUUUGGGUUUCCUUUUGUUCUCACUUUAUUACAGAGGAAACUACAUGACUAAUGGAAACUGACAAAAUUGCUGUUCUUUCUGUAGGGCAAAAUAAAGAACACUGGGCUUAUAGUUGCUGUUGCCUUCCUACCAUGCAGUAGUUGUGCUGUAAUUAGCCCUUUAAAGGGAAUUGACUAACAUUUCAUGUCAUCCUUAUCUAUCCAUUUUUAGGCAUUUAUCACCAAAUUUUCUCAUUCAAAUGUGUUGGCUUCCUGCAGUUGCUAAAGAGGUAAUUAUUUUUGACAUUUUAUAUUUGCUGAGAAGCUUUGUCAGGAUAGUGGAAUGAGCUGGGCUUCCCCAAAGAAUAGAGGAUUGCUGCUGCUUUUUAUUGCAAAAGCUUCUCCUACUGUAACAACUGCAUGGAGGUACACGGAUUAGCUAGCUGGUGAUAACUUGGUUUCCAAACACAUUAAGAAAUUCCUGUAUUAGUGUAUAUCACUACAAACUUCUCACCUUUAUAUGGGUGAGAAGAAAAUGUCUGUAAUUGGCUUCAAGUUUCACAUCAAAUCUUGUCAGCAGUGUGUGUGACAAUUUCAGGUGGCAGGUUCUCCAAUAAUCCCUGAACUCUUCAGCCUUUAUGGAUAUGUGCUGUAAGAUUGAUUGGUUUUUGCUGUUCAGUGAAUAAAACUUCUCUCCCUAAAA